AUGAUUCUUUAUGACUCCGACUCCGAUGAUGAGUUGGAGAUAGUUACAAUAGCUUCUAUGGAAGCCGAGAGUUCAUUAAGGUCACAACAUGCUGCUCGUAAACGACGCGAGUUUGUUUGGCGUAAUCCUUUGCAAGGCCAUCAAAGGUUUUUUCUCGACUAUUUUGCUGAUCCACCAGUAUAUCCUCCCAAAUUAUUUCGGAGAAGGUUUCGAAUGAAUCGUUCUCUUUUUCUCCGCAUUCAAUCUAAAGUAGAAGCUUAUGAACCAUAUUUUGUUCAGAAAAGAAAUGGUGCUGGAGUGCUCGGUUUGUCUUCUCUUCAAAAAAUAACUGCGGCUCUUAGAAUGCUUGUUUAUGGAGUAGCAGCUGAUUUUAUGGAUGAAUACUUGAGGAUUGGAGAAAGUACUGCAAUGAAAAGCCUAAAGAAAUUUGUCAAAGCAAUGGUUGCAAUUUUUUCUGAUGAGUACUUGAGGUCACCGAACAACGACGACAUUGCUAGACUUCUAACUGUUGGCGAAAGUCGCGGUUUUCCUGGGAUGUUAGGGAGCAUUGAUUGUAUGCACUGGACCUGGAAAAAUUGUCCAACUGCAUGGAAAGGUAUGUAUACUGGCCAUGCACAUGAGCCAACAAUUAUUUUGGAAGCAGUAGCAUCAUAUGAUCUUUGGAUAUGGCAUGCAUUUUUUGGGUUACCUGGGUCUAAUAAUGAUAUCAAUGUUUUAGAACGGUCUUCCGUAUUUACUGAGCUUGCUUAA